AUGCCUGUGCAGUCAAGGAGGUUACCAAAGUUGCAGACAGAGAGGAAGAAGAAGAGGCUGAGGUUUGCUCUCAUCAUCUGCUGUGUGCUGCUGAUAUUAGCCAUCCUGGCACUGGCAUUACACUACAUUGUAAGACAUGUAAAUUUCAAGUUUUACUUCUGCGCUCAGUCACUCAAGUUUAUUCCUAUUGAAAAUGCAUGUGAUGGGAAGUUUGAAUGUGAAGCUGGAGAGGACGAGCUCAACUGUGUGUCCAGGGUGAAGGUCAACACUACGUAUCCAGUGAGGUUGAUGGGUGAGAAUCUGAUUCUGCAAGUUUUAGUUCAUGACGAAACCUGGAGCACUGUAUGUGCGGACGACUGGAAAUCCCAACACACCCGAUUAGCCUGCCAGCAACUGGGUUACACACUCAGUACCCCACGGAGUAUACAAGUCCCUGUGAGGAGUCUACAUCCUGAUCUACAGACUGCAUUCAGUGUCCUCAAUAACAAAGGCCAGGAAACAAGUGAAAACAUCCAGAGUUUACUCACUAUGAGAGAUGAAUGCUCCUCCGGCUCUGUAAUCUCAGUGUCUUGCUCAGACUGUGGUGAGGUGGUCGGUGAAGAUCAGAUCAUUGGUGGUAUGGACACUACAAUAGAGAUGUGGCCAUGGCAAGUUAGUUUGCACUGGGACAUGCAGCAUCUGUGUGGAGGAUCACUAAUCUCAACACGAUGGAUAAUCAGCGCUGCUCACUGCUUCACUGGAAAAGCCAAAGGACUGGGCCAGUGGAGUGUGCUUUUAGGCCAAACCUAUAGGACCUCAUCUGGGGCUGUGUCUGUGAAAAGCAUCCUGUUAAACGAAGCCCAUGACUCGGUGUCACGUGACUAUGAUAUUGCCAUGGUCCAACUUGCCACUGAUGUUCUUCUUGGAGACACCAUCCAUCCUGUCUGCCUGCCCCCACUGCCGAACGCCACCCCAACUACUGAGCCAUACUGA